UUACUCUUCUCUUUUGCACAGGAAAUCAAACAGAGGAAAUGCAUCGACGCGACCAGAUUCAUUCUACAAUAAUUCUGUGGAAAUCACGUUAGUUUAAGAAAAGUUCAAUCUCGUCUAAGUUUUCCUGAAUGGACACUUGGAAAGAAGAUCGAUUCAUGAAGUUUAAGAACGACUGAAGUUGAAAUGGCGACCAGCUGUGAUUCGGGGGACAAGGUUUCAGAAAUGGUAUCUGCUUUUCGUUCUAUGGUCCAUCAUUUUCAGCCCAUUUUUUCGGCCAAAUCCAACUCCACCGUCAUCGCCCCGUCACUGUUUGGGUCCCACAUCGAGAACUUCAACAUCAGCGUCAACACGAAAGAGGAACAGAGCCACAAUAAUAAUGAGGAACUGAAACAGGAUCUGAACGCUGAAAGUCUGCUGGUCGAAGAAUGCCAACGCAAACUGAAAUCAUCCCUUAAGAAGAAGUUCAGCCACCUGCGUGAAGGAAACACCAACGACUGCAGCAAAGUGUCUCUGAACAGCAUCUACACUGAGCUGUACAUCACCGAGGGAGGAGGAGCGAUCAACCAGGAGCAUGAAGUUCGCCAAAUCGAAGCGCUUUCCAAAUCCAAGAUGCUCGACGAAAAACCCAUUCACUGCAAUCAUCUUUUUGAACCACAGCCGGGACGGGAGCACUCGAUACGGACUGUGCUCACAAGAGGAGUAGCGGGAAUCGGGAAAACCGUAGCCAUCAAUAAAUUUACUCUGGACUGGGCUGAAGAUAAGGCGAAUACAGAUUUAGAUUUUGUUUUCCCGCUUUGCUUACGUGAACUGAACUUGAUGAAACACAAAGAAUUAAGUCUCGAGGAACUGAUUAGUGUAUUUUUUCCUGACAUUAAAGAUUUGGGAAUUCUCAGCAACAACAAAUGGAAGAAGCUGAUUGUUUUGGACGGCUUGGAUGAGAGUCGAAUAGAUUUGGACUUUCAAAAUUGCGAGAUUAUGUCUGACGUGAGUGAGCCAAACUUUUUAGGAACGCUUUUGGUAAACCUUAUCCGGGGACGUCUGCUACCUACGUGCCAAAUUUGGAUCACUUCCCGCCCAGCUGCUUCUAGCCAAAUUCCUGGCGAGUGCGUUGACCUGGUAACGGAAGUCCGAGGUUUCAAUAAUCCGCAAAAAGACGAGUAUUUUAGACGUAAGAUCUCAAAUAAAACCACCGCUAACAAGGUCAUUUCGCACAUCAAAUCAUGCCGAAGUCUUCAUAUCAUGUGCCAUAUUCCGAUAUUUUGCUGGCUGGCGGCGAAGGUUUUGGAAAGAAAUGACAAUAAAAAUUUGCCGAAAUCUUUAACGCAAAUGUACGUUGGCUUUUUGGAUAUUUUCAUUGCUAACGUAAAGCAGCGGCUGCAGUGCAAUAAGGUUGACAUCAUCGAAUUCAUGCGCGCAAACUUGAUCGCGUUGGGGAAGCUGGCGUUCGAAGGACUAGAAAAGGGGAACUUGGUCUUCUACGAAAGCGAUCUUCGGAUAAACGGAAUUAAGGAAGAACAGGAGUCCAUCUUCUCUGGAAUCUACACUGAAAUAUUCAACGAAGAAACGGCGACGUGCGGCGAAAAGAUGUUCUGUUUCGUCCAUCUCAGCGUUCAAGAGUUCUUCGGAGCUCUGUUCGUUUUUCUCACGUUCCACAACGAAAACAAGAACGUGCUUAUCAAAAAGUCAUCCGCUUCGAGGUUUCUGUCGCGCAAGUCUUCUGAGCUCAUUCUCUACAAAGAAGCGAUCGAAAAAGCUUUGCGGUGCCCCAACGGACAUUACGAUCUGUUUUUACGAUUUUUGCUCGGGCUUUCGCAAGAGAUGAGCCACCCUUUAAUGAGAAAAAUACUGACCAGGAACGACAGCAAAACAAAAACAAAGGAAAUCAUCAGUUAUAUUAAAGACAAGAUUAAAAUGGCGCCGCCUCCUGACAGAUGUUUGAAUUUGUUCCACUGUCUGAAUGAACUGAAUGACCGGUCGCUGGUGGAGGAGAUACAGAGCUUUGUGAAGGCGGGUACGGUGAAUGAGACCGAGCUUAGUCCUUGCCAGUGGGCCUCUCUGGUCUUUGUGCUUCUCACGUCGGAGGAGGAGCUGGAGAUGUUUGAAUUGGGAAAAUACAGCAAGUCUGAAGAGGGACUUUUGAGGAUGCUGCCCGUCGUCAAAGCAUCAAAGAUCGCCAAUCUGAGUGUUUGUGGUCUGGGGCUGGGCUCCUGUGGGCUCCUCUCCUCUGUCCUGGGCUCCUCUGUGAUCCAGGAGCUGGACCUGAGCUUCAACCUCAUCGCCGACUCCGGGCUCGACUCUCUGUUCAGCGGCCUCUCCCACAGCAGGGUGCACACGCUCAGACUGCAGGGCUGUGGAGUGGCCGAGGUGGGCGCGGGGUUUCUCUCUUCUCUUCUCUCCUCGUCUCAGUGUCGCCUCAAAUCUCUGGAUCUGUCCGACAACGACUGUGGGGACGGAGGAGUGCGGCGUCUGAGCGAGGGCCUGUCUGCUCCACACUGCCCCCUGGAGGUGCUCAAGUUGUCCUUGUGCAGAGUGACCGAGCGCGGCUGCAUGUUUUUGGCCUCUGCUCUGAACUGCAGCGUUCUGAAGGAGCUGGACCUAAACUACAACCACCCGGGACAGGAGGGAGUGCAGCUGCUGAGCGCCCUGCUGGAGGAUCCUCUCUGCAGCCUCUCCAAACUCAGUGUUGAAAAAUGUGGAGAACCGCGAAUUGGACCAGGCCCAAAGAAAUACGCCGUUGAUCUCACUCUGGACCCAAACACCUCCCACAAAGAUCUUUCUAUUUCGGACCAGAACCGGAGCGCCACACGGGGCCUGAAUCCCCCCAGUCCCAACACCAAAGAAAGGUUCGAUUUCUGGAGUCAGGUUUUGGGCUCCCAGGGCCUGACGGGACGGUGCUACUGGGAGACGGAAGUGGAGGGCACAGCGUGUGUAGGAGUCGCCUACGAACACAUGCGCCGCAAAGGAGAGGGUACGGAGAGCCGGCUGGGACAAAACGAACUGUCCUGGGGUCUCAACUGUAACAAAGACGGGUUCAAGGCGGUUCAUAACGCGGUCGUGACUUCAGUACCAGUCCCACGGAAUAACAAAAUUGGGAUUCUUGUGGAUUUCUUUGGAGGAAAAUUGUCCUUUUUUAGUGUCCUCGAAAGUGAACUGGUGCAUAUUUUUACUUUUCAGGCAAACUUUGCACACCCGGUCUAUCCCGCUUUUCGUCUAUGCUGGGUUGGAUCCAGCAUUCACUUGUGUUAAAUGUUAAAGCUGCACUGCGUAACAUUUCUAGUGGAGUGUCCGCUAGAGCCCUGCCCGCGGGACCCGACGCAAAACAGUGCGGCGCGGGACACAUUUUGAAACCUCAGACUCCGUUGCGCAGACUGUCCCCCUUCCUGUACGUCGCAAGGACCGUUCAUGAGGACUGUCCCCCCCUCCUGAACGUCGCGUGGACCGUUCCCCCUCCUGAACGUCGCGUGGACCGUCCCCCCUCCUGAACGUCGCGUGGACCGUCCCCCCUCCUGAACGUCGCGUGGACCGUCCCCCCUCCUGAACGUCGCGUGGACCGUCCCCCCUCCUGAACGUCGCGUGGACCGUCCCCCCUCCUGAACGUCGCGUGGACCGUCCCCCCUCCUGAACGUCGCGUGGACCGUCCCCCCUCCUGAACGUCGCGUGGACCGUUCCCCCUCCUGAACGUCGCGUCCUUUAAGAGCGUUUGGAAAGAGACAAGUCUUCAUUUGUGCUGCUCUGGUGGGAGGGGCCACGUACAGAGACGCUGGAGACACUGCUGUGAUAAACACCACAGAAAAUUAACAAUAUUUUAAUAAAAAAUAGAAUUAAAAUAUUUUAGUAGAAAAUCAGCCAAGGGCCAGAUUAAAGGUCUUGGAGGGCCGGAUUUGGCCCCCGGGCCACAUGUUUGACACCUGUGGUUUACAUGUUCGAGGAAGAAAUGAAUAAAUAAAGCUUUUAAAUCGGAAUAAACUACCCACUUACCUCGAAAUUAAGUUUAAUUUUGAAUAAUCAUGUUCUUAAGGAAUUAAGUUUAAGCAGAAUUAACACAUUUUUAUUCAGUAUUAAAUGAUUUUUCAUUUGAAAUUAAAGCUCUCAUGUAAACGAGGCAAAUGUUCCACAGUGCACGUUGGAUCGUUGCACCCUGAACAAUUUUACAUCAGCAAAGCAUCGUUUCGUAAAGAAAAUUUGUAGAAAAAAAAAAGUUAAAUUUUUUGUGAGGUUUCAGUCAUUUAUUUAUUUAUUUAUUCAUUUCAUUCAUUUAUUUAUUUAUUUCGGUCACAGGUAUAUUUUGACAUUAAUUCAUAAACAGUCAUAUUUAACAUAUACAGACCGAAAAGGUGCAGGCUGAAGCUUAAGCUUAUUAUGCCUUUACCCUUUAUUCCUUUGUCAGAGCUAAAGUGGUGCACAAUUUCAGGUUUUCUGUACAGUUGUUCCAGAGCUCCGCCCCUUUAACAGAUUUACAAAAUUUCAUAAUGUUUGUUCUGAUUUUCUUUUUAAUAAACAUGGUCGUGCCUCUGAGCUCAUAUCGGCUCUUUCGGAUUUUGAACAUGUUCUGUAACGAUUUUGACAGGAGAUUGUUGUUUAUCACAUUUUUAAGCAAAUUGUGUAAAUUUGCAGGAAAACUGAAUCUCUAAUUUUGUUAUCAAGACACAAAAUUCCAUCCAAAAUGCAGCUACAAUUUAGGAACAGGGGUCACCUUUUUUUUUUUUUUUUUUAACAGUUUACAUGAUUAUAAAAUUAAUGUAUAAAGUAUUUUAAAGUAUUUUUUGCAAAAAAAAAAAAAGUGCAAAUAUGGUUUCUAGGUAACAGUUAUCAGAAAAAAAAUAUAAAGAGUAAGGCAAUAUUUUUUGUAAAAUAUUAAAUCUCAAACUAAUCUGUCAUAUGCACUUUAUCGUCAUUGACCACUAGAGGGCACUGCACACACACACAUCGAGUCAGAGGUAUUUUUGUAGAUGUUUUAUACUUGUUUUUUACUCAGUUUUGUUAAAUUUUUGCACUGUGAUUAACAAAUAGUAGCUCUUUUACUUGGAACUGCCGACCUCUGUUACUCACGGGUUUGAGUUUCAGGUUAUAGGCGCCAUUUUGAGGACUUUUGAAGCUCUCUUUUGUGUUGGAUUGUUUAUUUCUAUUGUAACUUUAAUUAAAUGUUGUAUCACUCUGGAAGAAAACUGUAUAACCCCAAAGCGAGUCGAGUGUUUGGAGUUUUGUACAUGUCAUUUUGUAUGUUGUAUUUAUUUUAUUUCUUGGCACAAGUCACAGCUCUGCAACAAAAUAUAUGAAAGUGAAAGUAAAUUAACGGUUUCUUUGAUGUCUGAACAAAAUGUGAAGCUAACGUAAAGCACUGCUCUGUCUGAAGCUCUGAAGAGAGACAAAAUGUGUCUCAUUUUUGUGUAAUAUAGCAGGGCCACGGACCAGAACCAGGCCAUGGGCCGCGUGGUACCGCAUCUCUAAACCAGAACUAAACCAGAAGUAAACCAGGACUAAAUCAGGUCUAAACCAGGUCUAACCCAGGACUAAACCAGGACUAAACUAGGUCUAAACUAGGUCUAAACCAGGUCUAAACCAGAUCUAAACCAGGACUAAAUCAGGUCUAAACCAGGUCUAAAACAGGAUUUAACCAAGUUUAAACCAGCACUAAACCAGGUCUAAACCAGGCCUAAAACCAGGACUAAACCAGGACUAAACCAGGUCUAAACCAGCACUAAACCAGGAAUAAACCAGGUCUAACCCAGAACUAAACCAGGACUAAACCAGGUCUAAACCAGGACUAAACCAGGUCUAAACCAGGACUAAACCAGGUCUAAAUCAGGACUAAACCAGGACUAAAUCAGGACUAAAUCAGGACUAAACCAGGUCUAAACCAGGACUAAACCAGGACUAAACCAGGACUAAACCAGGUCUAAAUCAGGACUAAACCAGGACUAAACCAGGUCUAAAUCAGGACUAAACCAGGACUAAACCAGGUCUAAAUCAGGACUAAACCAGGCUUAAACCAGAACUAAACCAAGAUUAAACCAGGAAUGAACCAGGUCUAAACCAGGACUAAAACAGGAUUUAACCAGAACUAAACCAAGACUAAACCAGGACUAAACCACGCAGCCCCUGGUCCACAAAAUAUUGUCUGACAUAAAAUUGGUCCAUGGCUCUAAAAAGGUUGGGGACCACUGUAAUAUAGAAUCAUUUUUGUUUAAUAAAGAACCAUUUUUUGUGUAAUAGA